AUGACCUUUGCGGGCACCUUUUUAGAAGACCUUACCCCUUUGACAGAGAUUGCCGGUCUGUUUGGCCAGCCUCUUGAGGAUGCACUCGAUCAAUUGGACGUUGACAAUGAUAAGAAAUACUGCUGCGGUACGGAGGAGGCAACAAAUUGGAAAGACUGCUACUGGGCUGGAAAAACUGGAAAGGGAGUUUAUAGCUGUGAUGACAAUCACUGCAAGACCGGAAUUGAGGUAGAGUUGACAACGAGUUACUUCGGUGGUGGAGAAAGCUGUGUGGUCACGAUCGGACCGAACAUGGCAGUUUACGCGUCGGCCAAUGCAGCCAUUACGCUGUCUGCACAUCUCAAAGCAGAGAUCAACAUUGGCUCCUGGGACAUUCAGCAAACCUACCCCCAAACGAACCAAUAUCCAAUGGCCGCGCUAGAGUCUCCGAACUAUGAUGGAACCCAAACACUUGGAACCCCUUCAGUCUCGGCCUCUGUUAGUGCUGUGGGAGAGCUAGCACUUCAUCUCAAGCCCAAAGUCACAUUUGGCAUCGUAUUUGAUGACCGAUGGGAUGUUCCUGAUUGUAGCGUGGACCUUGUUCUGGACGGCUAUGUCAUUUUCCACGCAGAGGCAUCUCUAUCCACAGAUUCAGACAGCUCAUGCCCCUUCAGCUAUGGUAUCGACGCGGGAGCGAACGUUUAUGGGCUGCUCAAUGCACCAAGCCUCUACAAAUGGGGUGGAACAAUGCAAGUCCCGAUCGCCAGCGUACCACGAAAGCACGUAUAUGGACAGGAAUGGACUGGCGAGCACUAG